AUGGACGUGCAGGUGGCGGCAUCAAACACUCGACAGCUUCAGGCUUGUCGCACAUUGUCGGCAAUCUUGUUUGGGGUCACAGCAGGUAUUCUGGCAUUAACAGCAUGGCAAGGGUUUGCCUUUUAUCUCGUCUCGUCCGCAUUUCUUUCCGUGUACUUGAAUGUGCUGUUUGGGUCCAAGGCGGGGGAUUGGUUUGAGUCUCCGAAAGCGCUGUGGUUUAGCGGAGUGCCAGGGAACGCAUUUACCUUUAGGAAAGAAGAAGAAGAAGAACAACAACAACAACAACAACAACACCACCACCACCACCACCACCAACAACAACAACAACAACAACAACAACAACAACAACAACAACAACAACAACAACAACAACAACAACAACAACCUGCGCCGAUUGCCCCAUCUUCCUCUUCGUACAUGAGCGAGUUGUGA